UCCGUUUCCCUCCGGCUGCGUUUGGGCGCCUCGGGCCGCGAGCGGGGAGGGAGGAGAGACGGCGUCGUGGCGGCGGUUCUCCUCGAGGGUCUCCGGAAACUCUCCAAAUAAGUGGAUCUGCCUUUCUUCUUGGAUGCUGAGCUAAAGAACGUCAUCAUGGGCCAGCAGCUCUCAAGCCAGACACACUCUGCUAUUAAUAAGCUGCCAGAAAAAGUAGUCAAACAUGUAUCCCUGGUUCGAGAAAGUGGUUUCUUGACAUAUGAAGAAUUUUUGGGGAGAGUAGCUGAAAUGAAUGACACAACUGCCAAGUUGGGUUCUGGCCAGGACAAGCACCUGUUAUUUGAAGUACAGCCAGGUUCAGACUCCACUGCUCUCUGGAAGGUAGCUGUUCGAGUAGUGUGUACUAAGAUAAACAAGACAAGUGGUGUUGUCGAAGCAUCAAGAAUCAUGAACUUAUAUCAGUUCAUGCAGCUUUAUAAAGAUGUCACGAGUCAAGCAGCAAGUGUUCUUUCGCAGAACAUUGCCUCAGAAGGAGCUGCCGAGGAUCUGUCAUCUGUUGCAUCUUGUCAGGCCAGCAUUUUGAUGGGAAGGGUGAAACAGCUGACUGAUGAGGAAGAAUGUUGCAUCUGCAUGGACGGACGAGCUGAUCUGAUCUUGCCAUGUGCUCACAGCUUUUGUCAGAAAUGCAUUGAUAAAUGGAGUGGUCACCACAGGAAUUGCCCUAUAUGUCGUCUGCAGGUGACUGCAGCCAAUGAUUCUUGGGUGGUAUCAGAUGCACCUACAGAAGAAGAUAUUGCUACCUACAUUCUCAACAUGGUAGAUGAGGCAGGCCAGCCUCACAGACCCUGACAGGAACAAAGCCCAUUGCCUUGAAAUCUUAAAAGAUUUCAUUUAUUGUUUCAUUUCCUCAUUGUAUUGCUUUCUAUAAAAGUCGUAGGUCUUUAAAAGUGACCAUUUGUCUAUGAGCCAGUUGUACACGUUUAUAUUUUUAAAUGCUCAUCAAUAAUCUCUCUGCACGUAGCACCUGCAGAAGGAUAUGUUAAGAGUUUUCUGACUUUCUAUGAGACACUGGAAUAGCUAAUAUUUGAGUUCUAGUAUAAGCUCUUCUGUGAUCAUUUGUUGAAAUUGAAUUUCAUUAUAGAUGGUCCAGAAGAAUGUGGGAAGUUGCUGAGGGCCUGUUGUUUUAACACUCAGAAGCAAUCCUUCUUUAUGCAAGUAUGUGUGUAUGCUCAUGCCUGCCUGCUUACAUGAAUAGGAAUUUGUCCCACAUUUACAUUUCAGUAACAUCUACUGGCCCCUUGUGGCUUGCUUAGUAUUGACAAAUGCUUCCUUAAAUCACCACUAAUUGUAGCAUGUUGUUUUGAGACAAAAUUUUCUGAUGGCACACAAUUUUGAUAAAAUGGCUUUUGCAUUCUUGUUCAGGGAGAAUGAGUUGUCUAGACAACAUCAAAUAACUUCAAAAAACUUCCCUGGUUCACCAAGUCAGAGCUGCUUGCAUUCAGGAAUAAAUGUGUUCAUACCUUUGCUGAUCACAGGCGACCCAAAGUUUCUGAUCACACAACGUAGCAUCUGACUUUCAAGCUUUUCUAGACUUCCAUUGUUAAAUCACCAUUAUAACCGUAAAAAAACCAAGAUGGUGAUCUGAGGUAAAUAGAUGGUGCUAGACUCCUUUCUACAGGUGCAAUAUGCUUCACUGUAACAAGAAGGAAUGUGUUCUUUGACCACAAUUGUUUUGCUUCAAUGUCUUAUGGAAUCUGUAAACCUGAAGCCUGUACUACUUGUUCUCAGGAGUAUUGGCACCAGGACUGGAUCCAGGUUUAAGGGUGGCACUCAGCAGAUUAUCUUCUUUUGGGCCCUCAGAUUACUUUGUUAGUGGCAGAUGGCUGCAAGCAACCAUUUUACAUUUCUAACAGCAUCCUGGAGGAACUCUGUAUGGAGGCAUUAUGGAAAAUUUUAAAUGACAGCUUGGAGGAGGGAUGGGGAACCUUUCCAGCCUGGUGAUCCAGAUUGUUAACGCCCCCACCUUGUGCAGGAGUUUGGCAGGUGGCCAGUGGCUGGAGCUGCACACCUGUCAGUUGUCUAAUGUCACGAUGUCUAGUGACAUUUUUGCCCAUAGGGGUCUACAGAAGCCUCCUUCAAAGAACAGGGCAAGAUAAGACUUGGAGUUGAGCUUCUGAGAAUGUUCACAGAAGCCACUCUCAAAUGCUGUCUUGCCCUGCACUUUGAAAGGGGUUUUGCAGGCAGCAUGAUUGGCAAUGUCUGCAAAUACCCUUUUGGCCAAGCUCUACCCUUACCUGCUGCACACCUGGGAUUGCUGGAAAUGUGUGAAUUGUAACACUGCUCUUUGAGAUUAUGUUAAAGUUUUGCAGAUGCUUCAAGUUACUUGCAGGUUUAAAAUACUGGUUAAAGACUUGUUGUAGAAUAUAUCUGAACUUUGCAAUACAGAAUAUGAUAGGUAUUUCUGGCUUGUUUGAAGCCAUCAAGUUCAAUCUAGACAAUUACAAUAUGGCUCAAGUUGUUUCCCCCAUCUAUAAUGACUUGCCAAAAUCAGGAAUUAGCAAAUUAGACUACUGAAUUCAGUGACAUCUUUGACCAGUGUUAGGUUGUAAUCCUGAUAUAAUUUUCUUGGAAAUGGUUCUCACUGCUAAUUGAUGAACUUCAGUGUGUUUAAAAUCAUAGUGAACAGUGAAGGGUUUGGGGAUUUUUUUGUUGAUUGUAAAACUGAUCAUGUUAAUUUUCCCCACCCUUGUCCAAAGUAUUAGGAAUUGGCAGAAGUGCCUAAUGUUUUAACAGCAAGUGUUUUAAACCUAGUAAGCUCUUAAGUCUUCCUUCUUUAGUAAAGAUGAUCUUAUCUGUUGUUAAUAUGACUUAUACUUUGAUUUUUUUAAAUGUUAGGGUAAUAUUCAAUGUUAGUCCUACUCAGAGUGAAGGAGUGAAGGUAAUGGACAUAGCUAACUUAGGUUCAUUAUAUUCAGUGAGUGUACUUGAAGUAGGACUAAUUUGAAUAGAGUUCAUUGAGUCCUAGAUAAAGCCCUGCAUACCAGACUCAAGCAGCUUGAAAUUGGCCCGGUUUGCAUGUCACAAUAAGUUGACAUUUUAAUUGUGAACUUGCCUGCCCCCUCGCAUGAGCAGUAAGCCAGAAAUAAAGGUUUGUUGUGACUUUCUGUGUGUGUAGCAAAACAUAUCUACAUUUCUACCACAUAUGCCAUAGAAUGGAUUGUUCAAACAAGGUGGGAAGAGAAAGCAUGGUAGAAGUGGAGGUGUGUUAAUGAUUAAACUUACAAAAACAAACUGGCUUGUUUUGAAAUACUAACAAGGCUAUGAGUAUAUAGUCUAUAAUGUAAAGAUGCAGGGGUACUUUUGAUUCUAACACUAGUAAUGAAGCUUGUAAAUAGGUGUAAACUUUGUGAUAUGUAUAGCAUUUUAAAUUAAUAAGUAUACACAGUGGUGGAAGUACUGUAAAAUGUAUCUUGUUAAAAGGUAGGCCACUUUACUCCUCUGUGCCACUACUGUUCCUCUCUUCUGCCUCCAUGUCACUGUAGUUUUGUCCCUGUCUCUGUCUCUGAGUAUUAAAAGGACUGGCAGCUCUCUAAGGCUAUGAGAGUUUACUCCGAAGCCCAUGGAGAAAGAUGCAGUUCAUCACUGAGCAGCUUUCCCAUGUGCUCUUGACAGACACCCUGCACAUGGCAAAAUUACAAAGCUGCUUGAACUUACAGAUGAGCAGUAAUCAGCUAAACUAUCCCAAUAGUGCAAGGGUUUCUGCUUGUGCAGUGGGACCCCACUGCCCCUUGUGCCCUCAAAUCUGCUGCACAGUUGGGAGAACCAGUCAGAUAGAUUUAGGGCGCUCACAGAGAGAAAUGGUCCAUUAUGCAAGCAAGAAAUCCUUGCUGUACAUUGGAUUUCACUCAGUAUGUGUUACCACCAAAAACACCAUUUAUGUUUAAAACUGUAAUAUAAUUCAAUAUUGGAAGAAAACUUGAUUUGUCAAUUUAAUAAUGUUGAAUAGUUUUAGAACUAUGACUUUUUUAAACAGUGAAUUUUCAGCAAAAGUUGAAUUAUGUGUAGCGCAAGAAAAAAAUGCAUUACUUCCCUGUUUUGCAUUAAUGUGAAUAUUUCUUAAGGGUUUGAUAAAGAGUGUUAAUAGCUAUUAAACUUUCCAAUGUAUUAUAUUGUUGUGAAUAUUGUGCAAUAAACACUUCAGUCUCCUUCA